GGAGUAUUUCGGAGUCGAAUGCUUCAAGCCUACCAGUCUCAAAGAUACACGUUCUUGCUUCGCCUCGCCAUUUAUAUGUCGUCCUGGACUCCUGGCAGAGUAAGCAGAAAUCCAGGGACAAAAUAGAUUUCUGUCUCCCUGUUACCUGGCUCCCCGCGUACAGUGCUAUUAUCGUCCGCAUAAAAACGAGAUCACCUCUCCUUUUUGCUCUUCUCAAACAACAUUGAAUUCCCGCCAUCUUCCUUUUGUUUUCCUUCCUCGGGUGUUUCAUUUCAUCCUCCGCUGGUUCCUGCAAUAUAAUCAAUGUUUACUACACCGAUUCAUGAGCUGCAUCAGGAAUAACCCGAGCCGAAGUAUACAGUAUUAAAGUGGAAAGGAUCUCGCCGAACAUCUCAUAAUCCUCUUCGACCACUCUCCUCACCAAUGCCUGACAUCUCAAACUCCUCCCGCGAGACUGUCGUCCGCACACCGACCACUGCUACUCCCCAAGACCAUAUCAAGCGGGAUCGGCUGGGUAUCUUCGAGAUUGUGUACGAGAAAGAGGGAUCCUUCUUGCCUUCUCGAGACACUGUCGUGUCGGUGGUAAAAAGCAUUCUGGAGAACUGGCCAUUUGCCCUUCGCCUCUUCAAAGAUGUCUAUUCCGCUGCACCGAGCACGUUCCUGUUCUACCUUACUGCAAGCUUAUGGUUGGGUAUCCUGCCGGCAGUAACGAUUUGUAUCGUCAAAGUGGGGCUCAGCAUCAUCGAGACAUGGAUGACAUCCGGGUUUUCCAGCUCGGAUACUAUGGUAGAGGACUUGAGAUACGUUGUGUUGUAUUGGUUAUCGUCUGCCUUAGUAUCAGCUGUGGCUAGACGUUUCAUCACGGAGAAUGAACGAGUCCUGGACUCGGCGACCAAGUUGCUUCUCUAUCCUCAGUUCGCUAAAAAGAGCUUGGCUUUGGAUCUGGAUACUGCACUUGGUGGUAACUGCUUCCCCAACCCCGGAGAAUUUCACCGAGCGUACUGCAAGGCAUGGGAAACAUUGCGUGCCAUCAUUCUUCAGCUACGGUACUUCAUUAGCAUUCUCCUUCAAGUCUGCGUUAUGAUCAUCGUCCUUCGUGGAUCUUUGCGUCUGGAUAUGGUUAUAACAUUUGUCUCCUGCGUUCUGGCUAUCGUUCUGUUCAAACCCAUCAACAAGUUUGGAGGCGCAGGAUAUGCAUACUGGACGAAGAAUCCCCACUACGACCGUUUAAUAGGACUCCAUCAAAUGAUCUUUAAUCCUUGGAUCUAUCGUGAUUCUAUCAUCAAGACCGUUCCAGAAGGCUACAUAUAUCAAGAAUACAAGAAAGAGAUCGAGGCCUUAGGUGCACAGAAGUACAGUGAAGCAGACUUCGCCUCGACGACGAGCGUCCCCCCUCCAUGGUACUGGGAGUUUGCGAGCACAGUUCUUGUAGAAUACUUCCCAGCCUUGUGUUCUCUUGGGUUGUUCUGGAUUCCUCUGACGCCGUCUCUUUUGUCUGAAGCCGUGCUUCUUCAAGCGGCUUCGAUGAACCUGAGGAAGAGCGUCGAAUACAUGAAGUUGUAUCGAUCCAGAUCCUUUGCUAAGCUAUGCUACCGAGAUCUGCACAUCUCUUCGCCUAUCGAGAAGUCGUUCAGUAACGGUAUGAGUAUCUCUUUCCAGAGCGUAUCGUUGGUAUACCCUGGCAACAAGAAAGCUCUUGACAACGUUUCCUUCGAUGUAUCUCCAGGACAGCUCAUCGUUAUCGUCGGCGCCAACGGCAGCGGAAAGUCUAGCCUUUUGAACCUGCUGCCUCGUUUGAGGAAUCCUACUACCGGGGGUAUACUCAUUGACGGGAGACCCAUACAAGACUAUGACCUAACUUCUCUUCGUUCUUCCAUCACCGUUCUUUCACAGGAAGACGUUCUCUAUCCUCUAUCCUAUGGCGAUAACUUUCUCAUGACUCUGGGUAACUCUGCAUCUCUUCUGACGGACAAAAAGCGCCGCAUCGAUAUGCUUGAAAAGGCAGCUACUAUGGGUGGAUCGGCCGGAAUUAUCCACGCACAAAAGGAGGGCUUCGAUUCUCUCUACACCCCCAAUAACGAAGCUUUCGAAUGUUCAUCUCAUGUCUCUAUCAUGGGUGGCGGGCACAAAUUUCCUUCGUCGGCAGCGAUACACGUACAGGAGCAGGAACAUCCUCCACGGAAGCCUACAAAGCUGUCAGGAGGCGAGACUCAACGAGUCCUUGCGUCCCGGGCCUGUAUGAAGCUAUUGAAUGGAGGCGUCAGGCUCCUGAUAGCGGACGAAGCAACUUCGGCGAUGGAUCCUGUCGCUGAGCGUGCUCUGCUGAACGGUUUCUUGGUACAUGGUAAAGCCAUGACGAUGAUCUUUGUAACGCACAGAUUUUCACAUCUCGUCAAGCGUGCCGAUCAGAUUUUGUGCUUGGAUGAAGGGAAGAUUGUGGAACGUGGAACUCAUGCUGAGUUGAUGGCUAUCAAAGGACAGUAUGCCCAACUGUAUAGCGCACAAGCAGAGGCGUACCAAUAAGUUCCCAAAUAUACGGGUUUUCGGAUCAUUUUCUCAUCCUUUCGGUGGAAUUCUUAGUGUAACGGUGUGUUACAUGUCUAUGCUCGCUAUGUCAUAGGCCUUCUAUCGAUGAGAUUGAGUCUGUCACUGAGCAGUUUUGAUAAACGCCUUCCUGUAAACAUGUGCACCACGACAUCGUGCUGGUAGCUUUAG